UUCCAAUCCCCUCUCAGUCUUUUCGGGUACAUCAUGUUCCCCUUUACACAGUGCAGACUCGAGAACUGCACAAAGCGCAAUGUACCAGCGCCAUUAUUGUGGAACAGAGCUACUCAAAGUUCUGGCAAAAAUUAUUCGGUUUUUUCGUUACAGAUCAACUUUAAAUGCAGAAUAACGUAACAGAAUUAACUCAGAGAUUACUACGAUCACUGGACAAUAAUUAUAAUGUCGUCGAUAUGCCUGCAGUCGUUGAAAUCAUAUCUAUUCUGGAAAAAGUUUCUAUUACCAAAGAAUUACUGGAGACCACCAGACUGGGGAGAUAUAUCAAUGAAUUGAGAAAGAAGACGUCAAAUGAAUCUUUGUCAAAGAGAGCAAAAGAAUUGGUCAAAAAAUGGAAGAACAUGUUGUUACCGGAUAACAAUGGUCAGAUUAAAUCUGCUUAUCCGACAGGACAAUUAACAGAUUUAGAUAAAGGUAGAAAAAGACCUGCUCGAGAAACACCUGAACAUGUUUCUCAAGCAAAAAGGCCAAAAAUGAACGGUCAGUCAACGGAAUUUGAUUUUUCUGACAAUUCAAACUGCAGCUUCAAGGAUGCAAUACAUGUGAAUAAGGAACUAAGGACAAAUUCGGGGGUGAUUAUGAUCAAUUCUGACUCAAACUCUAGUCUUCCUGAUGCUCUUAGGCAAGAUCCUCCCUUAGAGCAGCAGUUACCUAAAAAAAGGGGGAGAAAAAAAGGUUCUAAGAAUCAUCGGAAUUUGCUGGAUGAUGCAGAGUCGUCUUUAGCAAGUAAAUUGGCAGUUUCUAGUUCAAUAAGUGCCAUUUCUAAAGUGCCUGGUAGUCUUUGCAUGUCUCGAGGCAACUCUAAAGUGAAGACUACCCAAGAGCUCAUAGCAGGCCUGCAGAACAAAGGUUCUUCUUCUAUUCUGAGUCUGCCUCCAUUGAAUUCGAAGCCAAAGGAAGAUCUGAACGAACGAGCCGCCAAGUUAACGGAACGCGUGUCAAUGAUUGACCAGAGGCUCUACACAAACUCUAAUAGAUCCAAGCAGAAGAACCGAUUCACUUCGUCGAAGCCAAGUAUAGGUGAGAGAAGCGAUAGGGUUAUCGAAUCUGGGUCUGUGAUCAACGACAAGAGCUUAAGUAACCAAACUAAGGCCAAGGAGGAAGAGGAGGAAAUCAUAGUUGUUGAUGAUAUCAAUGCCAGUGAGAAAAAGGAAGAGUCAGAGCCUAGCAAUGAGGCUCCAGCAGAACCUGAGGGCCCUCCACCCCUAUCCCUGGAGCAGAUAAUGGCUCAGUUGCCACCAGUGGACCUAUCCUUCUUGAAGGAAGAGGAUGAGGAGCCUAGUUGUUCUUGCAUUCUCAAAGAAAACCAGUCUGACUUCUCUGUAGAAGAAGAGCCAGCAGAGAAAGAACUGGAGCCAUCUUGCAAGUUCGAAUUUGUUGAAGAUGACAAGUGCCCUGCUAAGACUUUUUACGCGGACAUGUAUUGUUUAGACAGUGUAGACGAGUGUAGGGUUAAACAACUGAGCGAAAUGUGUCUCCCAAAUGUCAAUGGAAACCCUCUAGUGGGAUCCAAUGAUGAAGUUAUAGACAAAGACGAACACGGUCUUUACGUUAACGUAGUGCCUAAUGUAUAUAGCGAAUGCAAGUUGAAAGGUGACCUACCAAAAGAAAACUACAAAAAGUACAGUAUUUCAGAAGGAGAGUCAUCUCCUGAGGAACGGACGACAGGUGAUAGUGAGUACAGAGGCUUUGCUGAGUGGCAUGAGUGUAUUGAAAGGCCUUCUUAUAACGGUGAGACCCUAAAGAUCCUGCCGUAUGUUGUAAUUGAUUGAACCUAGUCUGCAUUAUGAAUAUUGAUAAUUGGGAAGUUUUUUUAACUUUUCCUUUUCUCUUUAUUUUUGAUCUUUUACCAAAUGGGGCACAUUUUUCUUUUUCAGUUGUGUCCUUUAAAAUUUUUGCUAGUUCGGUUAUGUAAUGUUCAAGAUGAUUAUGUUUGUCGCCUAUUCUUUGGUUAAUUUUGAGUGAGGGUGGUUGAUGAUCUUGGAAUUUUUCAGGGACGGUCUAUUGUUAAACCAUUUUCAUUUUUUGAAAAUUUGCUUCACAUAUAUUGGUUUUGUUGAUCAAAAUAUGUAGUUGACAGAUAUUGCCAAAUUUUUGGUGAUACUUAUGUGUCAAACCACUGUGGUAGUUGAAGAGUUAAAAACUCCUAAUUAUAAGAUGGAAUCUUCAAAUAAUUUUUCCCACCACUUGAGAUUAUUAUAUAUAAUUGAAUAAACCAAUCUGGCAAAAGUGUUUAUUUCUCAUUGAAUACAAAAUAUUCCUUUAUUUAUUACCGAAAUAUAUUUAUUUUAUUUUUUAAGUAUAUUUCUUAGGCCAAACCAAGAAUUUUUCAUGAUUCUUUUUAUGGGAAAAAAUGAAUAGGGAAUCUGUUUUAUCAUUCUGGAGUCUAUAACUUCAAAACUUUACUAUUUUUUCCUACCUUGCCAAAAAAAAAACACAAUAUAAAUACAAUAUAAAUAUUUACAGGAUUUCAGUUAAUGUAAAACAAGUAAAAUUAGUGUUUCAAAGAUGCUUCUAAUCAUUUCAAAAUUCUCCAGUUUAUAUGGUUAUAAAGUGGUCUCCUUAUAGGCAAUUUUGUUUAUUCAAUUCUGGAGUCAUUUUAUAGAACUUAAUUUCUUUUUUACUGUAGAGUGCCAUAAAUUGAGUAGAUUUCAGACAUGUCCCUAGACAGGAAAUAGACUAACAAAAAGUCCUUCCUGGAGAGCUACUUCGGAUAUAAUUAUGGAUUUCUGAUACCACCUAUCACAAAUGUUUGAUAUUGAUGUAAAAAUUUAUUUAUUCCAUAUGAAUUGUUUGUAUGUUCAUUAUUUAUUCAGAAAUGGAGCAAUUAGAAUCUGUUCCUAAUCAAGAAAUGCUAUCAGUAAAGGGGUUUUACGAAAUGUUAUGUUGAUUUACAUAUUUGAAUUAGUUGAUUGAAAUUUAUUUCUCCUCUAUACUGGUACAAGACUAUAGAAGUUUUACUAACUGUUUUUCAAUUAAGUUGGGAUGAAACAGUUAAACAAACACUUUUAUGUAUCAAGAAAGUAGAAAAUGAGAAUUUGAGAAUAUUUUUCUUAUCUAUUUGUUAUUAUAAAUUGAAGAUUCAGGUUUUAAUCUAAAUUCUUGGAAAACUGAUCAGAUGUUGAUUUUUAUAUUAGAUUGAUUUUUCCUUGUACAAAGGACUGACAUAUGGAAAAUAAUUGUAUAUAUUUGUUGAUAAUUAUUUCAUAAAUAUUAAUCAUUUUACAAUGCGUUUUAAUUAUGAGUACUUUGAAUGACCAAGUAAAACUUUGCCUUAUACACUGUUUUCAAUUCUUAAUUAAAGCCAUAUUGUUAAACUUGUGUUCAAUUGAUUUUCCGCAAUCUUUCAUGAGAGCGUCAACUGAUAAUAAGAAAAUAUUUUGUCUCGAUGAAAUUCAAUUGUAGCACAAAAGACUGAUACAAGUUGGGGUACUUUUUAUAAAACUUUCUACGUUGUUGACCUAUCAUUCUCUGCUGGUACAAGCUUGGAUGAAAAGUCAGUCAGGUACCUAAUAUUUCACCUCCAAAACUUUAAUGCAUUUGAAAAUGUUAAAAACCAUGAAACAAUUCUCAAAAUCAAAUUAUGUUUAAUUCCCAACGAUAUAGAAUGUUAUACUAUUGUAAAAUAAAAAACUGUUUUACUGUA